AUGUACACCAAGCAGCCCAAAGAACUGAUUAUACAAUAUGGUACCAAUCAACUGAAACCCGCUAAAUCGAAAUUGAUGAAUGUCAGUGAAAUCAUACGACAUGAGGGAUACAGUCACACCAUAGCAAUACACGAUUUGGCGUUGUUGAAGUUGGAAAGCGCGAUCAUGUCUAAUGACGCCAAUCUAGUAACACUGGCUGAGGGAAACCAAUGCUACGAAGCUUUUAGAACAAAGGCGCCGUUAUUGCUGAUCGGUUGGGGUCUAAAUACGACACACGGCACUUUGCAGCAGCACUUGCAAAAGGUGGAACUAGAUUUACUCCCACGCGAUGAAUGCCGGCAGCGCACAGAAGCACAGCUUUACAGCACAAAUAUAUGCGCUGUGGCACCGGACGGCACGCAGCAGGGACAGUGUAAUGGUGAUUCUGGUGGACCGCUGCUCAUGAAUAAGCAACAAAUUGGCAUCGUUUCGUGGAGUCUAAAGCCAUGUGGCGCUUAUCCUGGCGUGUUCACGAAUGUCGCUUGUUAUGAGCAUUGGAUAAGGAAUUGUAUUGGGUAGUCGAAAAAGUUAUUUCGUAUAUGGUCAUACCAUAUAGUGUUGGAAAGGUGAGAUUUUAAGCUUCAUUCAUCCAAAUAAAAAAAUAGCUUGUCGCUUAUUAUUGAUAAUUCCCUGCAUUUGUUUUUUCUCGCCAUCUCCUCAGCUACAAAAAAACCCGAUCUGUGCGACAAGAGAGUCCCAGUGUGAAUAUAGUCUAAGUAACUAUAACAAUAA